AUGCAGACCGCCGGCGAUGAGGAGUUCUCGAGCGACGGCCGGCCCAGGAGGGGCGCCAACGGGCUGUCGAGGUCGCGGAGUCUUCCGCAAUUGUCCCAUCACGACUCCGGCAUCGGCAGUUACUAUGGGGUCGGUCGAUUCGAUCCGUUCCCGGAUAGAGAUCUUCCUUUUGGGGGUGCGGACGACGCGCCGGCCAGUCGGGCCGCCAGGCUCGUGGCGGAUCUACGGCAAUUGCUAACCUUGAAACAGCACUAUUACCCCGAAGGCGGCUGGGGGUGGGUCGUGCUCAUCUGCGCGGUAUUCGUCCACGUCCUGGCCCACGGCAUGCUCACCUCAGCCGGGCUCUUUUAUCUGGAAAUACUAAAAAAAUUCGGCGUCGCCGAGAAAGGACCCACAGGAUGGCUGGGAGCGAUGUCGACCGGCGUGGCACUUCUCAUCUCCCCCGUGACGAUAGCCUUCUGCAGACGGAAAUCCACCAGAGUGACGGCCGUUAUGGGCGGAUUGAUCACCGCCCUGGGAUGUCUUUUCACGUCGUUCGCCACGCAGUUUCACCAGUUGUUUUUCAGCUACGGGACGGUCGUCGGCAUCGGCGUCGGGAUAACGCGGGACUGUUCCACGUUAAUGGUGGCGCAAUAUUUCAAAAGGCGCAGGGAAUUUGUCGAGAUUUUCAUUGUCUCGGGCAGCGGAUUGGGCAUAGCCAGCAUGUCGCUGAUUAUUAGGAGCACCAUCGGUGCUUUGGGUUGGAGACUCGGUUUGCAAGUGGUCACCGGGGCGAUUUCAGUAACCUUCAUCCUGGGCACUUUCUACCGAUCAGCUUCGCUGUACCAUCCCCAACGUCGCGCCAUUCUGCACAUAAAAAACCAAAAGAGGAAGAUCAAAGAUAAGAAUAAAAUCGAAGAUAAGGCGCCGUUCUUCGAUUUCAGCACGUUGAAAAGCAAAACCGUCCGUAUUUUACUCAUUUCUACAGGUAUAAGCGCCUUCGGGAUCAACACGCCGCUUUUCUAUUUAGCCUACCAAGCCGAAGUGGAGGGUCUCGGCGACUCCACCAUAUUUCUACAGGUGUACCUAGGCCUCGCUUGGACCGUGGGAUGCGUCGUUUUCAGCACUCUGGUACUGCACAAUUCCACGGAAUGCCGAAUAGCCAGGCAGUACUUGUGCCAAACUGCCGUAUUCAUGUGCGGCUUGUCCAUACUGGCCUUCACCGUCGUCAGCGGCAAUUACCACGCGUACGUCAUGUUCGCCUGGAUUUACGGUAUAUUUUGCGGAGGGUACCACUAUUCCUUGAAAAUGUACACGUACGAACGAGUAAGAGCGAGGAAUUUCGCCAGAACCUGGGGAUUCGUGCAGUUUUCUCAAGCCAUACCAAUCGUAAUAGGCGUGCCAUUUUCAGGUUACAUGAACGAAAAGUGCGGCGACAGGGCCGGGUACUACUUCAGCUCGACGUGCGUGCUCGUCGGCAGUUUGACGUUGUUCCUGAUCGAUUUGCAUCGCAGGAAGAUCGCCCGGCACAAGCACACCCGCGAGAACGGCACCCGGCACCUGUGCGUGGCCGAGAACUGCCCGCAACGCAGGAAACUGUCGUUCUCGCAGGAACCGGACAAUAACGAGGGCGGCGUGACGAUGGGGGCGGCCGCAGCCGCCUUGGUGCUCGGCGCCGAUUUGGGCGCCAACCAGGGCACCGGGAUACUAGAUAAUAUUGUUCUGUCUAACGAGAAGCCGGAACUGACGUGCAUUUCGGAAGAAGGUAUAGCGGAUAUGGAUCUUCCGGACAACUUGUUAGACGAUUUGGAUUACAUAGGAGACUGUAUUACUUCUUGUAAUAAAGUAGAAAAUUAUUUAAUGCUUAGCGAGUUCGAGAAUAAUUUAAUAGCGGAAAUGCCUGUGAUAUUGGACAGGAAGGGUAGACGCUGGUCGUUGGCCAGAUCGAAGACGAAUCAAAAUAACGAGGAGCAAACGAACAACGAAGAGGAUAAUAAUAGCGCCACUAAGGGUAACGGGAAGUGGAAGGUUUUCCCGAAUAGGGUUAUUACUGUUAUAGAUGAAUCGUCGGUUUAGAGAACGUCGUUUACAAUAUAUAGAAAUUUAAGCCUUCGAUUAGUCUAGAUGUCAGUUUAAAAUUUACGAAUGGGGCCCAUUGGAUUUAUUAAUUUUAUUUUUUCAAAUUGCG